UACGUUCGAAAAAGUCGAGUUGCAAACCCUAUCGAUCGAAAAAGGGGAGGAAAAGGAUCGAAUAGCAAAAACCCUAACAAAUUAGCAGCGCGCUGUUUUCGCCCCUGCUUUAUCUCUAUCUCGAUUGAGCCCUAACGGUGGGAGCUGGAAUUUGCAAUGUCUCCGUCUAGGUCGAAGUCCAAGGAUAAAAGGGCUGCUGGCAAAGAGCUACUGAAAUCUUCUGCCAAAUCCGCAAUAAUUGCAAAUACUGGUGGGGGUAUUCCUGCUAGUGGUUACAAUCCACUUCUGGGGACUUUUCAUACACUUGAGACAGCACCGGUUUCUGGUGUUCCACCUGUUCAUGUUAAUGGUCGUUUUCGUGAUAUUGAUGAUGCAGAUGAUCCUAGUGGGAAUUCUGUUGGUAUAGGUGUGGAAUAUGAUUGCGUGUCUAACAAUGGUAGCUGGUCGGGUGAGUCUGAAGAUCCAAAAGAUAAAGCUUUUCAAGGGCCCUUUCGCCAUGAGGCAAUACAUGGGGUUGACAGUGACAAACGAGAAAAAAUCCGUCAAAAAAAUGAGAAAAAACAUCAGCGACAAAAAGAGAGGCGAGCUCAGGAACUACAUGAACGCUGCUGUGGGUAUCUAAUGUCAAGAAAGCUAGAAGCACUUGCUCAGCAGCUUGUAGCAAUGGGAUUUUCUUCGGAACGUGCAACAAUGGCUCUUAUUUUGAAUGAAGGAAGAGUAGAGGAAUCAGUUGCGUGGUUGUUUGAAGGAGGCGAUGAUGCAGGCAACCAAAGAGAGCAUAAUAACCUUGACGGUGGUGGCAACCUGAAAGUCGACAUCUCACAGGAGCUCGCUCAAAUUGUAGACAUGGAAGUUAAGUUCAAAUGCUCAAAACAGGAGGUUGAACGAGCCAUUGUUGCGUGUGAGGGUGACCUUGACCAGGCAGCAGAAAACUUGAUAAAACUCCAAAAGCAGGAAGCUCACCCUGGCCCACUUAAGACCGAGGGAACUGGUGAUCCUCCUACCGAGUGCGGCAGUGGUAAACCUUCGGUAGCCGUUAGCCAGAUCUCGUUAACUUCAAAGGUACAAUCAAAACGAACUUCUGUUCUUCCUAUACAGCAGAAACUGGAUCACAAAGAUAUACAGUUGAACCAGGGAGCAAAAAAUAUACAGUUGCUGAAGAAAGUUCAACCCAAUUCAGACUGGGCAAAACAGCAGCAGCAGGCAGCGGUUGCCGCUCCAUCUAUAGAAAAAAGGUGGGUGGUAGGCGGGUUGAACCCUUCUGUUUCCUAUUCGUUGGCAUCUCCACUGCAUGCUGCACCACCACCAUCAAAAACAGAAUCACAAUAUGCCACCAGUGUCGGAAAUGAAUUCAAGAACCUUCAGCUGGGGUCAGUGAGGGAACCGAUUAUAAUGAUGCAGCGGCCCCAAUCAAAGCAUAUCCCAACCACAAGUAUGAGCUCGGUUUCUUCAUCAGUUGGUGACUGGAAUUCUAAUGGUGUGGUUGAACCGAUGAUGGGUAUGAAUCCGAAUGGGUUCACUCAUCUUCCUACCACCACAAGAAGCUUCAGCACCCCAAGCUAUGGAAGCAGUAUGAGUAACCAGUUGUAUGACCAGUUCCAUUACCACCAGCAGCCGCUACUCCCACAGCAGCAGUAUGCUGCCAGCAGCGGCGGCAUGUUGGAUCAUCGUAGUAGUCAACCGGUUCCUACAAACCAUAAUGGUAUGUGGAACAGAAUGGUGGGGCCUACUCCAACUCUGGCAGCUGCUUCUUCUCUUGGGUUGUUCUCCGGGAAUGGCGGGGGGGCAGGGACGUCUCAGGUGGAUUGGAACGGUGACUGGUCGUCGCAAUUUGAUUACACCAAUAUUGACUGGAGUUUAAAUAGGCUCCCUUCUCCAGUGAGGGGCAGUUGGUUAAGACCAAACGGGAUGUGGUUGGGUGGUGAUGUUUCCGCAACCGGAAGGAGUGCGGUAAGACCGACAAUUGUAGGGAACGGGAAUGAUGCAUCUGGUGGAGGUUCUCGUGAAUGGACGUCUCCUUUUGAGGAGAAAGACCUGUUCAGUUUACCUCGACAGUUUGUUUCUUCCCCCUCGCUCUAGUCCAAACACUGUAUGAGGGGGGUUUGAAAGAAUAAGAUUAAAAAGAAUGAAAAAUUAAAAAGAAAACAUGAGU